GUACUGUUAAGACUCUGGCUCUUUGCUUCUUAGGUACGGAAAUCGUUUUUCGUCUCAUGCCGCAACACCUGUUUCCCCACCGCCGCCGACCGGGCUUUAAUUCGUGAUACCAUCCAUCCCUACCUGUCUAGCCUACCAUAGGUGGUAGUACCGUACCAUAAUCGCCUAUUGCCCUAUCCACUUACUCGGGGUUCAGCCCAGAUAAUCUAUAGGUUACGGUUACCUGGGGAUAGAUAACUAGAUAAUCCAGAUAAUCGCCAGAUGGACCUCGAUCCGACUGGUUCGAGUCCGGGAGUAGUACCCGGAUCCCGAAAGUCCGUUCCGUACGGUCAAGCAUGCACCAAUUGUUCCAAGGCGAAAUGCAAGUGCAUUAGCCGCGGCGGCGGCGGCGCCGUGUGCGAACGAUGCCAACGGCUUGGCAAGGAAUGCAUUCCGUCUGUUAGUGUCCGCAAGCGCGCUAUUAGACGUCCGGCUGCCGAGAGAACCGCCCAUCUAGAGGAAAAACUCGAUGAUCUGGUUUCGAUACUCCGGGCCCAGGCUGCCGGUAGUGGUUCACCAGCAUCUGUGGCCGCUUUUCGGGCCGCUGCUGCUAAUGGUGACCUACCUGGUGGCCCUGAUGUUAAUGCCGCUGCUGCUGCACUGGAGUUGGACCCAAAUAUCAGUGUGGUACAAGGGAUCCCCAAGAUAGCUUCUGGCAGUCAUCCGUUACCUAUGUGCCCUCCCCCCGCCGAGGCUGCACUUUGCGAAAGGUACCCCACUGCGGCCUCAUACCCUACUCCGUCGUCGGUCGCCUCAUCUCAGGAAAGUAGUGUCUCUCCAGCCGAGGCAGAAGAAAUUCUCCGGUCGUUCCGAGAUCAGUACAUCGAGUUCUUCCCUUUCGUAUACAUACCACCCGAGACAACAGCCGCACAAUUACAACAAUCAAGGCCCUUCUUAUGGUUGAAUAUAGUGGCGGUAUGCUGCAAAAAUCAACAAAGAAAGCUGGCCCUCGGUCACAAAAUCAGAGAACAUCUAGCCCAGAGGAUGUUGAUAGACCUAGAUCGAAAUAUCGAUUUACUACUAGGACUACUCGCUUAUCUUGGAUGGGCAAUGCACCACUUCAAUGGCAAGCCAUACAUCAAUGCCUGUGCGGGUCUAGCGCUUUCCGUAGUCACGGAUCUUCGUCUCGAUAAAGCACCACAAGAAAAUUAUUAUAAAGAACUUCAUUGCUUCAAACCAUCUUAUCCUUACCCUAAGAUACCAUUCUCAUCAACUCGCUCGAAUGAGGAAAGGAGGGCUACCUUAGCCUGUUUUAUUAUUGUUACUAGUAUCUCGAACUUCUUAAGGACCCAGACAAUGCGAUGGACUGCCCAUAUGGAAGAUUCCCUUCAAAAGUUAGCUUCAAGACCAGAGUCUCCACAAGACGAGGUUCUUGUAGCGAUGGUAAAGGCAUACAAGGUCCAAGAAGAAGUUGCGCAGAUUACUUGGCGGACGGUUGAGCCUCCUGGAAACCCCAUGUCGCUUAAGGCGCCGCCGGCUAUAUACGUUAAAGCACUACGUGCGAAUUUAGAAGCGAUUAAAAAAGAUCUGCCACCGUCGCUACAAGAUAAUAAGGUGGUCACUUCACACAUUUACGCCGCAGAACUAUCGAUCGCCGAUAUGUCCCUCUGGCACGUCAGCCCCUGGCUCACCACAAACCCUGCGAAACCUGCGACUAUCGGUUCAACCGGGUGCAGUGGUAUCGAUCUAGGCAAACUAGACGCAUACUACACCAGUCUGCAAGCCAGCAAGGCCUGUCUCGAGAACUUCAUGUCCUUCCGACCCGACCAAGUGAUGUGCUUUUCCUUCUUCCCGACACUUCAUUUCGGCCGAUCGGCACAGACCUUAUACCGACUGAUGGUGGUGGACGAUCCGGAGUGGGACCGCAACAUUGUGAAAAAUAGCAUCGAUUUGAUGGCGGUUAUGGAGCGGACGGCGAAUCAAUACGCUCAGGUAGCGUCUGCGUGUGGGUUGGAGGUUAGCGAUGACCCUGAGUUUACGGAUUACUUCACGAAAGCGUCGAAUGCGUUACGAGCUACUAUUGUGGCAUGGGGCGCUACGCUUGAGCAAACGGGCCUUGGAUCCGGAACAGGAACGGGACCAAGCGCGGGUGUUGCAGCAGGGCCGAGAGCAGCUUCUACAACGGUCGAUCAGAUGCCCCAGGAACCAGUUGUCCCUGAGUUCAUGAGUAUGGAUUGGUUAGAGGACCCAUGGUUGACGGAUAUGCUGCAAUCUUGGGAGGGGAAUGGGAAUUGAUUUAGCAUCGUCAUCGUCAUUAUCGUCAUAUAAAGCGCGGCUCAAUCUGACGCUGGUUCUAGGUAGCUGUUUGGCUACGGCGUCUUUGUACUAUAGGAUACCCAAUUUUGGCGUCUCGGUUGGAUUGAGUAGAGGGGAGAGAAACAUGCAUGGGAAUAGCAUCAUUCAUUCUUUCGGGGCGAUACAAAAUCAAUUUCAAUUCAAUGUAAUAUUCUGA